UCCAGCGCUCCCGUGUUGGCUGAAGUGGACUUCAAAGAGUAUUUCGGUGUCGUUAGCGACUCAUUGGGAACGGAGUGCUCACAGAAUAUUCGGAAAGCCUCGCAAGAAUUGGACGAAUUGCUGACAACACCGGAAGGGGUGAAAAAAGUGCGACAAAUGUUUAAUCUUUGCGAUACUUUCGACGGCACCGAUACCUUAAAUGUCGCUUAUUUUAUAUACGAUUUGUUGGUAUCGAUAGCCAGUUCCGUUCAGUACAAUAUGGAUAUCGAUGGUAUUUGUCGGAUAAUGAAUAACCCGAGUGGUGGCACUCCGUUGCAAAGGUAUGCCAAACAGCACGGUUAUCCAGGCAAUAAGCGUGAUGAUUGCGAUGAUGUUCAGUACACUGACCUGGUUAAGUCCUUAAAUCAUACGUCUAAGGGAGGCAUUGGAAUGAGACAAUGGACUUAUCAGACGUGCACUGAAUUUGGAUACUUUAUGUCAACUAAUGUGAAGGACUGUCUGUUUGGCCACAACAUACCCGUCCACUACUACACCCAACAAUGUAUUGAUGUGUUUGGGCCCCAAAUCACAGCCCAAACCAUACAGAAAGCGGUGGACACCACUAACACCUACUACGGGGGCCGUCAGCCCAAUGUGACAAACGUGGUGUUCCCUAACGGCUCACUGGAUCCGUGGCACGCCUUGAGUGUACUCCAUGACCUCAAUAACAGCUCCAAAGCGGUGGUCAUCUCAGGUCAGGCCCAUUGCGCUGACAUGGAUUACUCGGACAGAGAGACCCAAAGUCUGAAAGAUGCCCACAAUUUGAUUACAAAUGAAUUGCAAGAAUUUCUCAAAUAAUUGUAUUGUUUGAUAGCAUUAUACUUAAUAAACAUAUUUAUUACGAG